AUUUUCUGUCAAAUAUCAAAAUACUAUUCGAUUGCAAAAUUUGCCUUCAAUGCUUUAACACGUAUUUCUUCGAAUAUUGGAUUUGGAAUAAUUUUUCAUAUUAUGCAAUAUUUUGUGCUCACGACAAAAUACCGUUGGUUAACGGUUUGUGGCGAAGCUUCCACAUGUAAAAACACUGCAAAGUAUUUUAGGCUUAAUGCAACCAUUUUGUGAUCAUUAAAUUACUAAUUAUAGUAGUUUCCAUACACCAUGGAGCAAAUAGUCGUUAAAAAUGAACCUGAAGAACUAGUCAACAAUUACGAUAAAACAAGUAACCAAGAUAUGCCUUCAACCUCUGGGGUAGCUAUAAAACAAGAAAUCAAAGAAGAAUUUAAUUAUAGUGACAACUCCAGGGUCCACAUUGAAUUGGGGGUGAAAGAAGAAUCAGAUGAAGACAAUUUUGAUGGAGCCAAACUAAAAUUUGAAGCCAAAGAUGAAGUGUUGAUUGACAAAGGAUACAUAAUUAAUUUGCCACAAAGAUAUUUAAACAUACCUGCCCAUAAUUUUGGAUUUAAAGUCAAUGAUAGUGAUCAAGAAAGUGACAAUUUUGACCAUGGAGAUAAAAGUGAAGAUUUGCCGGGCAAUAUUAAGGAAGAAGAAAGGGACAGUGACUUUUCUGAAGAAGAUGAUAAAAAUUCGGCACACAAUGAAGAAAAAGAUGAGGAUGAAGCCAUGUUUGAGACGAAAAUGGAGGUGGAAUAUCAUGGGGUUCAAUAUGAUGAAUCAGGGACUGACAGUGAAGUUGCAAAUAAAGAAGAAAAAGAAAUUGGAAAAAAUUCGGACCCCAGAUGUGCCUACGAAUGCAAACAAUGUUCCGUUAUUUUCUUCAAGAAAGAAUUGUUAGAAAGUCACAGCUUAAAGUGUUUAACACCUGUAGUUGUAGUUGACAAAGAGAAGAUGUUUAAGUGCUAUAUUUGUGAAAAGAAAUUUCAAACAAAAAAGGGUUUACUUAAUCACAAAAAGUUCAUUCACAAUAAAGAAAAGCAAGAACAAUUUAAAUGUGAAAAAUGCGAAUAUCAAAGUUUAAGGGAAGGUAACCUAAAAGUUCAUUUAAAAAUUCACGACAGAAGUAGGUAUUUAAAAUGCAAAUUUUGCCCGUACUUGACUGCCGCUUUGAAGACCUUAAACGCGCACAUUCUAAGCAAACACAAACUGGAAAAUAAAGGGGAAAACGAAAUAAAAAUAACAAGCAAAAUACAUCAGUGCGCCAAGUGUUCGUACUCGACUGUGAGAAAAAAUGAUUAUGAUAACCACGUCAAGGUAUGUCUGAAAUUGAAAAAUAUAAACUGGUUUAAAUGUCACCAGUGCCCCUACAAAACUAUUCAAAAAGUAAACAAAGACUUUGGUAAUAGAGAUGCAAAAUGAGAAGUGGGGAUUUUUUAAUUGGAGUGCCCUGGGCAGACCACUUGUCACUUCAGACUCAUACUAAGCCUUGGUGUUUUAGUGGUAAAAUUUCAAAUAUUCUUAAAUAAAAAUGUUCAACACUAUGGAAGCAAAAAAAUUAAUUUAUAACGCGGCGUAUAAGUGGGAUGUCAGAUUGGCAAAAUCAAUGAUUAUUUCACAAUACGUUUUCAAAUAGGCCCUUACCAGCAAAAGCAAAAAAAUUUAAAAUGUUGCGCAUAAUUUUGUUACAUAUGGCAAUGUUAAUCAAUGCACUCAUAAUAGGGAACCGCGAGUCCCGUGAAUGAAAAGCGCGAAUACACAGGAUCCGACCAAGUCAACCAAACAAGUUGCCGAACAGUUCCACCUUUCACAGUCUAUGGUAGGAAAAAAAUUGAGGAAGCUUAGGUAUCACCCAUAUAAAUUAAAGAGAGGUAAUGAGCAGUUUCCUGGUGAUCAAUACCGUCGCAUGGAACUUUUCCAACGAUGAGUCGUCGUUUACUCUACAUGGUAGGCACGAUUCAAUGCACAAACGGUAUUGGUCGAGGACGAAUCCUCACGAAGUUUAUGCCGCCAACACCCAAAGACCUAAAAAAUUAAACGUUUGGUGAGGUAUACUGGGAGACCAUGUUAUUGGUCCAUUUUUAAUCGAGUGGUGGGAUGACACAGAUGGUUGUGGAGGGGAAGUAAGACUUUGAAGGGUCAUUGACGGUUUUGAUUUAAUUGUUUUAAAAAUUUCAACUGUAUGCUCAUGAUGUAGGUAUUAUGAACAUAUAGCCGAUAUUGCAAAUGUCGUUAUAUACUAAAGCAAUAUAUAGAAAUGCAAAAUGAUAAGUGGGGAUUUUGUAAUUGGAGUGGGGGGGCUGUUGUGCAUAAUUUUGUUACAUAUGGAAAUGUUAGCCAUAUGUCAUUUAAUUUAAGUCUAAUUUUUAAUUGGGUAAAUUAACAAUUCAAUAAAUGGGGGAAUACAUUUUUAAGUAAAUAAAAAUAAUACCUAAUUAAAAAUUAAACUUAAAGUUAAAUGACCAAAUUAUUUUAAUUAAAUAACAAAAAAAAUAUUUUAAAUAACCUGUACCUAUAUUUUAACGAAAUAAAAGAAAAAUUUGCAAAUAAAGUUUUUUUAUUCAGAGAACGUAAAUUAAUAAUUAUAACAGUCUAAUCAUCUGCAAUUAGCGGAUUUUUCGUUUACUGGCGGUAAACUUAACGUGCCAAGGUAAGUAAUAUUCAGAUA